CGGUUGAAACAGACGACGCAGGCCUCAUUCCUCUGGAUCAACUGCUCCUGCGUUGCUAAUGGCAACAGACUCCAAACAAACUCAAAGAAACUCGGGAAAUCCCUCUGAACAGGCCUGUACUGGACCCAGAGUGGGACACCUCAGGUAAGAUGAGCUCCCCUUUGUCCAUGCUGAAGAAAACGAGGCGCACUCCCCUGCUGGACCCUCAGAGUGAGCAAGGGGGCAGGCCAAAGGUGCCUUUCAGGAGAAAUCUGUUAAAAGAAAUUCAGGCAGGCCUGACUGACGAGGAUGAUAAAUCCUCUGAUCCACAUCCUCUCCUGACCUCUCACACUCGAGCCAACGACGCCUCCACUUCAAAGUCAAAAGUCCCAUUAAAGAAAGGUGCUCCACCAAGCGACUUUGAGCUCAUGUCUGCCAUGAUGCAGCGGGUGACCCUGCUGGAGAAAACAGUGAGGAGCCAAGCACAGGAGAUCGAGCGCAAGGAUAAAAGGAUUACAGUCUUGGAGGAAAAACUGAGGCUUCUGAAAGAAUCUGGGAGCACAAAUGAUCUGAGUGGUAGAGACGAUCUUGAAAGAAGGUGCCAACACCUCCAGAGUCAAGUGUGUGAAAUGGAGAGCUUUCUAAAUGACUACGGUUUGAUCUGGGUGGGAGACGGCGAGAGCAGUGACUCAGCUGAAAGUGAGCAGCCAUAUAAUGCAGAGCGAGGCCUCUGGCAGCCAGACCCCUCCGAGGUCAGGAGCUUCCACAUGAACUUUGACCUCGUGCUGCAGAGGAUCAGGGAGCUGAACGUCCUCGCGGGGGAGGGAGAGUGUUUUGUGCAAUCGACAGCCACAGGGGCACAUUUGGCAAAGAAGGAUCCUAUUCAACUGAGCCUCUACAGCAACGGGGUGGUCCUGUUUGAGGGUCCUUUCCGCUCUUAUCAGGAGCGCAGCACCCAGCGCUGCAUGCAAGAUCUGAUGGACGGGUACUUCCCAUCUGAGCUUCAGGAGAGAUUCCCAGAUGGCGUACCUUUCGAGGUUCAUGACAGACGAGAUGAGGAAUUCAUUUUCAGGCUGCCGUGGAAGAAAUUUCCCGGUGAAGGACAGGCUGUUCGUGGGGAGAAAGAUGAAUCAUCAAAUGGCGUCAGCUCUCAGCUACCCGGCAAGAAGCUGAGUGUGGAUCAGUUCCUGAACAGGUUACCGAAGGUGGUAGUAAAAGCUGGUCGUGUGAUUGAUAUCAGGGACUCAGUGAGGGCUGUCCUGCAGGUUUCAUCUGAUGCCCAGAGCACCAACUCCGUCAUCCUCAUAGACACGCCGGUGCUGCAAGCGAUGAGAGACAGACUGCAGACAUGUAGCUCUGACCGGCCCUCGUCUGCCCGUGAUGUUAUCACACUCAAGGUGAAGUCAGAAGACGGGAAUCAUACUUUCAUAGUGAAAAUGUGCUUCUCAGAAACGAUCGGCCACCUGCGGCAAUAUCUGGACAAACACAGAGGAGGUGGUCUCCCCGGUUAUGACAUCAUCAGCGCGUACCCACAGUGCUGCUACGGUGACGACUGUCAGACGCUCCAUUCAUGUGGACUCACGACUAACGUUACUCUGCUGCUGCAAAAGAGGAAACACCCUCAUUCAGAUGGAGGUCCAUAAAAUAAACAGUUAUAUUGGACUUUUA